CCGGUGCGGAACCGCGGCCUGGGCGGAGGACUGAUCACCGGCGCGGGGUCUGAACCCGUAGCUCGAGAGGUGGAGGCCUGUAGGUGUCGGGACGCGCGGCCGUCGCCAUGCCGUUCCUGCACGGCUUCCGUAGGAUCAUCUUCGAGUACCAGCCUCUGGUGGACGCCAUCCUGGGCGCCCUGGGCAUCCAGGACCUGGAGCGGCAGGAGCCCCUGGAUGACUACGCUGCCAGCGAGGAGAGCCGUAUCCUGGACCUCACUGAGCUGCUGGAGCAGAAAGCCCACUCGCCGUUCUACCAGGAAGGUGUGAGCAAUGCUUUACUGAAGAUGGCUGAGCUGGGGCUGGCUCGGGCAGCAGCUGUCCUUCUGCAGAGUGGGGCCAACCUCAGUUUUGAAGACCCUGUUACGUACUACACGGCCCUGCACAUAGCUGUCCUGAGAAACCAGCCUGACAUGGUGGAGCUGCUGGUCCGCCAUGGGGCUGACAUCAACAGGAGGGACCGGAUCCAUGAGAGCAGCCCCUUGGAUCUGGCCAGCGAAGAGCCCGAACGCCUGCCCUGCCUGCAGCGCCUCUUGGAUCUUGGAGCAGAUGUCAACGCAGCUGACAAGAAUGGGAAGACAGCGCUGUUGCAUGCUCUGGCCAGCAGUGACGGAGUGCAGAUUCAUAACACAGACAACAUCCGGCUCCUCCUGGAGGGAGGGGCAGACGUCAAGGCCACCACCAAAGAUGGGGACACUGUAUUCACGUGCAUCAUCUUCCUGCUCGGCGAGACCGUCUGUGGGGACAAGGACGAGGCUCCGAUGAUCAACCGCUUCUGCUUCCAAGUCACACAGCUUCUGCUGGCCCAUGGGGCCGACCCGAGUGAGUGCCCGGCCCACGAGUCCCUCACACAUAUCUGCCUCAAGAGCUUCAAGUUGCACUUCCCCCUCCUUCGGUUCCUGUUGGAGUCAGGAGCCGCCUACAACUGCUCCUUGCACGGCGCAUCCUGUUGGUCUGGCUUCAACCUUGUCUUUGAGAGGCUGUGUUCCCACCCGGGCUGUGCCGAGGACGACAGCCAUGUUGAGCUUCUGCACAAGGCUGAGACCGUGCUGGACCUCAUGGUGACCAGCUCCCAGAGGCUACAGCUACCUGAGAACUUCAGCAUCCACCCAGUGGGUAGCUUGGCAGGGAAGAUCCAGGCCCUGCAUGCCUCCCUGAGGCAGCUGGAGAGCUACCCGCCACCUCUCAAACACCUGUGCCGUGUGUCCAUCCGGCUGUGCCUGCGGCCAUGGCCUGUGGACACCAAGGUCAAGGCGCUGCCCCUGCCUGACAGGCUCAAGUGGUACCUGCUCAGUGCACACAGUGGCACAGAAGACAGCUGCUGACUGAUCCCAGGACGGAAUGAUCUGGUGUUGUUGAAGCCAAGCAGAGGGCAGACCUGGUACCUGUAACAGCCUUCAGAGGGUCCUUUUACCUGGCAAGGCUUGCCCUUUGCUGAUAUAAAACCACUAGGGUAAUGCCCUGGAGGCCAAAGGCAUGGCUGCCUUCGGGGAGACUUCCACCCCACAACCCCCAUCAGUACUCGUCAGUCUCAGCCACACUGGGGAGCCAGUGCAGAUGGGACACACCUGCCCUCUGUAUAAGCA